GACCAGUCAUCUGCAGCUCGCGUACUUGCCUUCUUUCGUUCGCAAAGACUUCCACCCUUAUUCUUGCGCCCACAACUCAAUCAAACAACUGUCUUUCUGUUGGAACGCUGUCGCUGGCCUAUGUUCUAUGUGUCAAUCUUCGUCGCCAAGGUUUUGUAUACACUCGCUCGUCUUCAAAAGAACAUGCACUCACUGUUAUUGAACGAUAACUAGACUCCCUGCCUCUUUGCGUUGUCACAUCUACAACGUCCGCGUUCAUUCUUGUUCCUAUCAUCUGUUCACAUACUGCGGAGGCUUAGCACAAAGUUUACGAGACUGGUCGAUUCUUCUAAAUGUAUUUUAUGUGCAUGUGCUUCCGGAUACGGGCAAGCCGUAGUCCGGUUCGGGGAUGUUUCGGUGUGCGAGCAGUAUGAGCGCCUUCUGCCAGUUGUCCCCAAGUACUUACAGCUCAACUCGACCUUCUUUCCUCGCAACUCAAAAGACAUGUCUGAAAUUGACCUGGGAAAGGCUGUCGGUCAUCAAGACCCUGACAUUCCUGUAGCAUGGAAUCAGCGCGACCUCAUACUUUACGCCCUUGGUAUAGGAGCCAAGAAGGACGAUCACUCGCUCGUAAACGACAACUCAUGGGCUCCAUUUCCAACGUACCCUGUUGUACUGAUGCUCAAAGGCGCUGACCAAGACGUGAUUGACUUCAAAACUCGUGUUGGUGGGAAGAACAAAGCUCCCGGCUUGCCUCGUUUCGACCCUAAUCGUACGAUACAUGCGACGCAGAGCAUUCAGAUCCUUAAGCCCCUCCCUGCCGUCAGUGGGCAAGGGUGGAAACUCAAGAGACGUAUUGUCGCAGUUAGCGAGAACAAAUCGGGGAUUAUUUUGGAAUCAGAAUUUACCCUCAUUGACCCAAACGGUAUUCCUUAUGCGAAACUCUAUUCUUCCUCUUUCAACCUUGGCGCGAAAGCGACUGGUGGAAAAUUUACGAAACGCAUCGCUGGGGCACCCCAAGCUAAACCUAUCCCCAAAGAUCGUCAGCCAGAUUGGGUGGUCAAGGACCAGACGACGCCUGAACAAGCAGUUAUUUACCGUCUGAGCGGGGAUUACAACGGACUUCACAUUGAUCCCCGUAUCGGAAAAGCGGCAGGGUUUGGGGGAGUCAUCCUGCACGGUCUCUCUACCUUCGGAUUUGGCGCACGAGCGGUCUUGUCUGCUGUUGGUGGCGGCAACCCGAACGCCCUCAAGUAUUUUGGCGUCAGGUUCACAUCUCCUGUCAAACCUGGUGAUGCACUCGAGACCAGCAUCUGGGAAGUUGGUCCUGGGCCUGAGGGUACGACAGAAGUGACGUUUGUUACGAAGAAUUUGACUACUGGAAAGAUCGUUCUUGGAGCUGGAGUCGCCUAUGUGAAGAAGCAAGAGAAGAGCAAGUUGUGAAGGUAUUACCUCAGUGCAACCACACUGUAUGGCUUUGUUCGCAUCAGAAAUCCCUGUCUCCGCAAUUUCUCAUUCAAUGUAUUAUUCACCUGGAUUUUCCCGAACGAAGAACCCCCUGGAAGCGCAGGAAGGGUAUUGCUUCGAAGAUGUGCCACAUGGAGUACGUAUAACCGUGUCGCUGAUGCAUUGCUCUAUAGGUCGUCCUAGCGUUCGCUAAGUACCUCAACGAGGCCGCGUGUCAAUAUCCGUCGUGCAGACCUCGCCCCAAACGCCCUACCAAACUGUAUGUGCAAAGCUUAUGUACCUCACAAUCUGGACCUCCGUUCCAUUGGGUGCGUUAGAAUAUUAGCGAACGUAUCAGACGACUGCCAAUCAUUUCGUAAGUACACAAAUUAUUGAACGACGUCAUUGAUGUUGUCAGUUGUCGCUACAUGAGGUUACUAGAUAUUAUCAUGCCACGCUUAUUACUGACAAGAACAGCCUUCAGACAUUAAUCCGGAUUAGAUGGCGCCCAAUUGGAGGCCGCUACAUCUGGUCGUGUUUCUUAAUGGAACAAGUGCGUUUCUGUGACGCAAUUUUCAUGUCCACGUUAUUCAGGGAAGUAGGGUGGGUUGCACCCUCCAAUUCCCCUUAACUUCCGCCGAUGCCUACAGUAUUACUAUGUUCAUGAACAAAGAACAGCAGGAUCACAAAGAAAGCAAAAUCUUUCACACGUUAUUGCAGUUCAGUAUUCGUUAAUCACCUUGCGGUGAUAUAGUGGAGGACCUUCCCAUUCACCACUGUAGGGAAUGUAAUAGAGCGGAUAGACGGUACACGUAUGAAUAAGUAAGCAAGAAUACUGAGAACAGUUUAUCC